GCAUAUAUCGCCUGGCGGCAGUGCCUAUGCAUGUGCACGCACGGCAAACGUACUACUUGUCCGACAUCGAUCCAACCGUCAUAAAUCGAGCGGGACUCCAUGGGCCAAGGAGCUGCCAAGGCGAAGCAAGCGGCGGCGGCGGUUGAGGAGGCAGUGCAGAAAAGCCCCGAGAAGAAGAAUGACGGGAAGAAGGCGCUCAAAUCCAGCGACGCAGACGCGCUCAUUGAGUUCAUGAGGAAGAACUACGACAGCAAGGUGAAGGAUGUGAAGGAGUUCGAUGACUUCUACCACGCCAUUUACGAGCUCAUCGAGAAAUUUUGCGAGGAACGUGGGCAGCUGCAGUACAGGAUACCACCCAAGGACGAGCUCAAGGAAAAGUACGAGAGGUUCCACACGGGGAAGGGGCGGAACGUGACGGCGCAGGAGUUCGAGAGCAUCGCCAGGGCCAUCCUCAAGAUAGACAGCUUCACGUUCGGCAAGGCGGCCAUUGACAUCCUCGUCGUCCUCUUCGGCGUGCCCGUGUGCGCGCUCCUCACCAAGAGGAUCGUCCCGGGCCUCAACGCCAUAUCCGACGACAUCGUCAUCCCGGCAGCCACCUCCGGCGCCGUCGUCUACCUCGCCAAGUCCAACAAGCUCUAAAUAAUAAUAAUAAUGUAACCCCCACCAAAACAAAUUAAGUUGUGUAUAUUAUUACAUAUAUAUAUCGUCCACUUGCUUUCCAGAAAGUAAUUUCAUCUAUUUUACCGGAAUAAAUGCCAGUGAGCUGUGAGUCUGUGCCCUGCUUGGCUUGAUCGCGUCCAGAAUUGUAAAAACGACUUAAAAAGAGUUAAUUCGAUCAUGACAUAUUAUAA